CACGGUCCUGCGGCUCUGUCCGCUCAGGCUCUCUUACAGUUCGUGGCCAGUUUUCCGGGUUUGGUGUAAACAGUCUCGCGCAGUGGACGGGGGUCGGUCCUUGCGUGAUGCGCGCGUAAUGCGCCGGUUAGUUUGGUCCGCGCGGACUCUCCGGUUCAGCAGCGCGUGAGAAGGAUCUCUUCGCGCUCUUACAUAACCGCGCGCGCCCACCGGAGCUGCUCAUGGCGCACGGAGAGCAGAGCGCGCGCUCCAGCCUGGAGCCCCGCACGCAGCGGCAGCCCUGAAACACCCGGAGCCGCCUGAGCCUGAACCUCCACACACACACACGCGCGCGCACACACACACACACACUCGGUCUUUACACACUCCGGCAUGGCCGCCGCCAUCGCGAGCUCGCUGAUCCGGCAGAAGAGGCAGGCACGCGAGUCCAACAGCGAGCGGGUGGCCACAUCCAAACGGCGCUCGAGCCCCAGCAAGGAGGCACGCUCACUGUGCGCGAGACACUUCCUGGGUGUUUUCAGCAAGGUCCGCUUCUGCAGCGGCAAAAAGAGACCCGUGCGCCGGAAACCAGAGCCGCAGCUGAAGGGGAUAGUAACGAGGCUGUUCAGUGAACAGGGGUUCUACCUGCAGAUGGAGCCAGAUGGAACCAUCAAUGGGACCAAGGAUGAGAACAGCGACUACACUCUGUUUAACCUGAUUCCGGUGGGUCUACGUGUGGUGGCGAUUCAGGGAGUGAAGGCUGGUCUGUACGUGGGGAUGAACGCUGAGGGGUUUCUCUACUCGUCAGAGGUUUUCACGGUGGAGUGUAAGUUCAAAGAGAGCGUGUUUGAGAAUUAUUACGUGAUUUAUUCGUCCACGCUGUACCGGCAGCACGAGAGCGGCCGCGCCUGGUUCCUCGGCCUCAACAAAGAUGGCAUCAUCAUGAAGGGCAACCGCGUCAAAAAAACCAAACCCUGCUCGCACUUUGUGCCCCGACCCAUUGAAGUGUGCAUGUACAAGGAGCCGUCGCUGCACGAGCUGGACGAGAAGCAGCGCUCCAGGAAAGACUCAGGGACUCCGACCAUGAAUGGAGGAAAGGAGCUAAACCCGGACUCCAACGAGCAGGACGGAUCAUAGCUGCUCUCUCUCUCACACACACACUCACACACACUCACACUCACACACACACACACACACACACACACACUCACACUCACACACACACACACACUCACACACACACACACACACUCACACACACUCACACUCACACACACACAUGCAGCACCGCCUGGAGCUGAAUGUCACCCUCAACAUCAACAACCACCAGAAUAUCAAAAGAAGAAAACCAACUGAUGCGAAAACACACUGAAAGGGACGAAACGGAAUCCUUGCCUGUGAAUAUCGUAGAAAGAAAACAGUAGAAAAAAAAAAACGAAAUCAGGACAUUUUAUGCAAAGCCUGCCGA